AAUAAAACACGUAAUUAAAUCACCAAAUUGUUAUUUCAAUAUAAAUAUAAAGACACGUAAUACAGAUAGGGUGGAAGAACUGAGCUGAAAAUUAAAGCCAAAACCCUAACAGAGAGCGCACUUCAACUCUUUGGUGUCAGUUUCGGUUUCUAAUAACAUGACAAGAUCAUUAUCCAACUUCAUCUUGAAGGGGAUUGCAGGUUACCCACUUGGACGUUCUGCUAGACUUGUAUCUGGAUCCUUUUACCACAAUGGAAUGAAGUACUCCACUUCUGUGCCCAAUGAUACUGACACACAUGAAGAUUUUAGACCUACUAAUAAAGUUGAGAGCUCGGGCCUUUCUUUGAAGGAUGUUGUUGAACAGGAUGUCAAAGAAAACCCUGUGAUGAUUUAUAUGAAAGGGAUUCCUGAGAUGCCUCAAUGUGGAUUCAGUGCACUGGCUGUGCGAGUGCUUAGUCAAUACAAAGUUCCAUUAAGUGCUAGAAAUAUUUUGGAGGAUGCCGAGCUUAAAAAUGCUGUAAAAGCCUUCAGCCACUGGCCUACAUUUCCUCAGAUUUUUAUUCAGGGAGAGUUUAUUGGAGGUUCAGAUAUAAUUCUCAGUAUGCAUCAGAAUGGCGAGCUGAAAGAGAAGCUUAAAGAUAUUUCUGCCGACCAGAAGUCAGAAUGAAUUGCUGCUGUUGAAUGUGAAGAGUUGGGAUAGGCUAAUGAGGCUGUUUUUUAUUCCCAUCUGUUAUUGUACUAGUUUUUUUUUUUUGCCAAAGUUUCUUUCUCAUCCCAUGAGAUAAGCUUGGGAUUGGUUUUGAUUUAUUUAUACCAUUGAGUCGAAAAUAAAUUAAAUGGUUAUGAGAACAGUCUUGAGGACUGGUUUCCAUUAAGAAUGGAACAAGCUGCUCUAUUGCAUUCUA